AUGGUGAAAUCUUACCUGAGGUACGAGCCUAGGGCUUCGUUCGGCGUAAUAGCCUCAGUCGAAUCGAACUUAGUCUUCGACAGCUCUAGGAAACACCUGCUAGCUCCGGCGCUCGAGAAGGUCGGAGGUUGGCAUGUCCGGCAAGGCAUCUGCACGAGGAUGCUAGAGCCUUCGACGGCUUCUUGUAGUGGGCCUUCUCUCGCAGUCACCUCCAUAGCCGCCUCCAUGUCUUCACCGCUGGUAGCAAGUGGUUAUGCCGACGGUAGUAUUAGGAUUUGGGAUAGUGACAAGGGAACCUGCGAGACUACAUUAAAUGGCCACAAAGGUGCGGUGACUGCCCUACGAUUCAACAAAAGUGGUGCUCAGCUUGCAUCAGGAAGUAAAGUUAAUGAUUUUAUAUUGUGGGAAGUGGUUGCUUGGCAUUAG